AAACGAGCAAAACACAUCAUGUGAAAUUGCUGAUCUGGAAGUCUUAUAAUGGUAUCAGCUGUCAGCACGCUGCUACAGCCGGGUGAGAAUUAACACCCACUACCAGCCAAAAGCUGCCACUUUCUGCACAGUGGUUUUUUGCUUUUUGAUGCGACACCCCAAGAUGGUGUGGAGACAACAGCACUUAAAAACACGCCUCCUUCUGAACUGGUUGCUGUGCUCUGGAUGUUUUGGUGUUAAAUAUGGGUAAUGCAAAGUCAGCCAAACAAAGAAGUGAAAACACAAAUAGGGUGACAGGCAUAGCAUCCUUGUUUCAGAAAGACUCUGGUCCCCAAAGAGCAGAACUUCAGACGCAAACCACUGAGGUCUGAAUUACAGAGAAGUCUCAGAGCAGCUUAUACUGUAUUUUCUGGACUUGCACCUGGAGGUGAGUCAAAGCCAGGUAUGGAAAGCUAUCCAACAACAAAAGAUUCUGUAACCAUAUAUCCAAAUUACGAUGAUGAUUAUGCCAACUCCACCACAGAGGGAAACUUCAGUGGUGAUCUUGUAGAGCUAUGCGAAGCCAGCAGAGGACAGCAGCUCACCAUCACAGUCAUCCAGACGACAGUCUUCCUCAUUGUCUUCAUUUUAGGCAUAGUUGGGAACGGGCUGGUCAUUGCCACCUUUGCGCUGUACCGCCGCCUUCGUCUGCGAUGCAUGACCGAUGUCUUCCUUUUCUUCCUGGCUCUGUCUGAUAUGCUGCUUCUGCUGACAUUGCCUUUACAGACGGGCGAGACGCUGGUUGGCAGCUGGGUGUUUGGUGAGGCACUGUGCAAGAUGAAUCGUGGCAUGUAUGCCAUCAACACCUACAGUGGUCUGCUGUUGUUGGCGUGCAUUAGUGUUGAUCGCUAUUUGGUGGUGGUUCGCACCAAGGCCGUGCGGAGGCUGAAUUCUGGCACGCUAUGCUACGGCACACUGUCUGCUGUCGCUGUCGCAGUGACUUCUGUCAUCCUAAGCCUGCCAGACCUGCGCUUCUCCUCUGUAAAUGAAGACAUGGGUUCAACAGACCUCUUGUGCAACAUGAACGUGUGGGCCGAUGAAGGUAGUAAAUGGAAGCUGUGGGCCCAGGUGUCAAAGAUCGCAGGGUUCUGUAUUCCUUGCGUGGCGAUGGUGGUUUGUUAUGGCGCAAUAGGCCGCGUGCUGGUCCGUGCUGGUGGGAAUUACUGGCGUAGACAGAGGACUCUGCGUCUGAUGGCACUGCUGGUGGUUCUUUUCCUGCUGUUCCAGCUACCCUACACAGUGGUACUGUUGCUCAGAAUAUUCACACCGAUACCAGGAUCCUGUGACAAAUGGACCAGGGUCCAUUUUGAGGAAAACUUGACACGCAACCUGGCGUAUGUGCGAUGCUGCCUUAACCCUUUGCUCUACGCACUGGUUGGCGUAAGAUUCAGAAAUGACAUCAUAAGGUUGUUGAUGGAUGCCAGGUGUGCGUGCUCGUGUAUAUCGCACCUGACGCGACACUAUGACAAUGGAAGCUCCGUUACACCCUCCUCCUAUGCUCCAAACAUGCUUUCACACCAGUCCUCGGCUUACCUGCCUGCAAAGAACACACCUGCUUCGGCAAAACUCACUGCAGCAGCAGACACAUCUCAGACCUUAAUUUAUCCUGUAUCUGCGAAAAGGACUUCUGUUAUUGGCUGGUGUCAUCAGUGAUUGCUGAACAUCAGAUGGCUCUGAAAUAAAUCCCUUCUAAGUUUAAAAGCAACAAGAGACACAAGUUUUAUAUAUUGGAGACAACUCAAGUUUUAUAUACAAUCUGCACCAUGACAAGAUAGAUGUAGAUGUAUUAUAUUGCACUCAACUUAUAAACUAUGCUUUUUUGGAAAAGUAUUUUUUCACCCAUUUUUGUUCUGUUUAAAUGUGUUGUAAAUGAUUCCAGUCCACCAGUUUGCUAACUUCAAUGAUAUGCACUCUCUAAAAAUACACACCCUAUGAAGACAUGUAAGCCAGCCUGAUGUCAUCAAACAUGAAAUUUAAAAAUUAUUCACAGGCAGAGAGCAUUUCUGAUUGGCUACAAAAUUGUGGGCUUGUUUACUGUUCAGACCCUAGAGCUGUGAAAGACAGGUGUGAUUUCUUUAGACACCUACUUCAAUUAAAUCUGUCAUAUAGUAGGGACAUUUAAUGCACAGUGAUAAAUGAAUAGUUCACUCAAAAAUGAAAAUUCUCUCACCAUUUACUCACCCUCAUGCCAUCCCAGAUGUGUAUAACUUUAUUUCUUCUGCUGAUCACAAAUUAAGAAUUUUAGAAGAAUAUUUCAGCUCUGUAGGUCCACACAAUACAAGUGAAUGGUGACCAAAACAAAGGCAGCAUAAAAGUAAUCCAUGUGACUCCAGUGGUUAAAUCCAUGUCUUCUGUUUAGAAUUGAAUGGACCUACGGAGCUGAAAUAUUCUUCUAAAAAUCUUCAUUUGUGUUCUGCAGGAGAAAGUCAGUCAUACACAUCUGGGAUGGCAUUAGUGUAAAUUAGAAUAAAUGAUAAGAGGAUUUUAGUUUUGGGGUGAACUAUUCCUUUAAAAAAAAUCACUUGCCUUUAAAUAAAGGCAGCAAAUAUCAUUUGUUGUAAAUACAUUUUGCAUAAAUAAUUACCAUAAAAAAAAAACACAGUUUUUGUGUAUGUUAUUGCAUGCUUUUCCUUUCCUGCAAUUAUCACGCUACUGGCAAAACUGCAAAAGAAACAAUAUUUUAUUAUUAUUAUUAUUUUUAUUUUUUUAUCUUGUUUACAAAAUUACCAGUUUUAAUACUUUCAUAAUGUUGAGUAUGAAUGUAAAUAAAUUCUGUGCUUAAUUCUUAAUUCUUGUGUUUUGUAGCAAAGGAAGCCCUUAUGCAAAUCCACAACAGUGAUUUAAAUGCAGUGCUUGAAGUGGAAGGAAAAAGUGCUAUUACUCCCUUUUUUAAUAUUAAACUCGAUAUUUUUGUAAAUCCUCUGAGACUUUGCUUUUGUUCAAGGUAUAUGUUUAUUUAAAAUAAAUACAUUUGAAAGUUUGUACUAAUUUCUUAAAGGGAUGCCAGAUUAUCUUAGGUUAUUGUUUAUGAAAACUAAGUUAAAACAAUUUGAUCAGUAAAAGUUUAUAUCUUUGACCAUUUCAAC